AUGGAUCUUUCCAACGUUUUUCGCUUGAUAAACAUCGCCAUCGGCGUGUUAAUGGUUCUGGGUGGUAUCAGUCAAUUCUUUCCCUUUGGAAUCGGCAAAUUGAUUGUUGGAAUCUACGUUAUCAUCUUCGGUCUUAUUGUCGGCGGCCUUGAAUUCCUUCCUCAAAUCCCUGACUACGUCUACCGUUACGCAUCUUUCCUCUUUUCGUUCCUUGGACGUGGUGGCUUCUAUAUCUUUGUCGGCUGCCUUCUUUUGGACGGCCACGUCCUCCGCUACAUUGCCGGCUCGGUUAUCGGUAUCAUCGGUCUCGGCUACAUUGCGCUGGAAUUUGUUCCUUCGAUUGAGCCCCCCUCCAACAUGCGAGAUUCCGACCCCAGCUGGGGCGCCGAGCAGGUUUAA